AUGAUGCACGGCACAGCAGCUCAAUUGGAAAUGAUGUUGAAGUAUUGUGGUAGGCGUGGACAUAAAGUUGAGGCUGAUCUUAUUGUCACGGCUGCAAGUUCUUCUUCUGUUCCUUGUGAAAAGAUUGAAAUUCUAAUGGCAAGAGGCCUUAGUAUUAGUGCAGUCUGUCCUAAUUCAGGAGAGACAAUUCUUCAUCAAGCUGUUUCAUUUAAUAACAUGCCAGUGCUAAAACUAGCAUUAGAGAAAGGCGUUCUUCAGAUUCCAAAUAAUAACGGUGAUUUACCAAUUCAUAUAGCAGCUAGCAGUAUUGGCACUGUUGAGUCUCUUGCUCUGUUGCUAAGACCAAAUCUAAAAAAUGUCAAAAAUCGAACAAAAGCAACACCAUUGUCACUUGCAGUAAGAAGUGGGAACAAAGACAAGGUCGAGCUGCUACUUCAAUCUGGUUGCAUGCCAGAGAAAUGUAAGAUGCUCAAACACGUGUCACACGAACAGCUGUCAAUGCUUGCCAUGCCAACAGUAAUUGCACAAUCACCACAGCCACUCAUGUUUUGUCUGCAAAUGGUGGAGGCAUUCAAAAAAGCAUCAGAGGUGCAAGAUUUAAACAGAGAAGAGUGUCUUGCAACAGCAAAUCAAAUGGUCUCAAUGGCAACGGAUUUAGUCAAUGGAAGUAAAAUAUUCCCAUCAGAUGACGUCAUCAACUAUGCAAUUAACCAAAAACAAAAAGAGUUCAUUGCCUGUUGUACAGUCCAAAAGCAUCUGACUCAAUUUUGGCAUGCUAGUGAUCAAGAGUCAAGAACUGGCACACUACGACUCAUCUAUAACGUUAUCAUCUACUUCCUGCUAUUUCCAAUUCUUGCACUGCGUAGACUCCCUCAUUCUGCCCGAGAGUUCAUUGACAUGAAAAAAUCACCGAUUGGAGCCUACGUCCAAUACACUGCCUACAUACUAUCAUACAUCAUUUUCCUUGUACUUCUUAUAGGUCAUGUUGUUUCUGUUGAGUCUGAGCCGAGAUGCCAUAUACAAACUACACCAACUACACCAACUACACAAACUACACCAACUACACAAACUACACAAAUGAACUGUGAUCUAAACACUCUAGACUGGAUUCUUUAUGUCUAUGUUAUUGCCUUCGAUACUGAAGGUCUGAGUCACUUAUUAAGAAAGCUGAGGCUCAAACGUCGAGGCAUGGGCACAUAUGAUGACAUUCUGACUGCUCUGGCAACUAUUCUGCUAAACAUUUACUUUGUUAUCAGCCUCGUUUGCUUCUAUUCAUCCCUUGACAUUCCUGACAAAUCAAAAGCUAUACGAGUUGCUUUCUACUUCCUCAGUGUUGGUCUUGCAUGUUCAUUCUACCGUUUUCUCCAGAUGCUCAAAUCACAUUCUAUUCUUGGUCCAAUACAAAUAUCCAUUGAGCACAUGUUAAUGCAGACUGUUGGAUAUCUAGUAUAUUUGGUAUUCCAACUACUCAUAAUGUCAUCUGUCAUCACUGGAAUCUAUGGCGCAGAAUCACAAAGUCUGGGUAUGCAAAAUAAGCAAGACGAGCAGCCUGAGGCUGCCAGGAGUUUUGGAAAAGCAAUAGAAUAUUUCUUCUUUUCAAUGUUUGGAUUGACAGAGAUAGAUGUUUUCAUUAAGGACUUUGCUUCAUCUCCAGCAUCACCUGAGGAAUAUAUUGCUGUAAUUCUCUUUGGAGUAUGGCUCACAGCAUUUUCCAUCUUCUUUCUCAGCAUGGUGGUGGCCUUUGUAACAAACGCAUAUCAAGUUGUUCAGGAUAACUCAGAGAUUGAAAGAAAGUUUGCAAAGGCUGUCAUAAUACGCCGAGUCAUGGUGAACCCUCCAUUGCCUGUGCCAUUGAAUAUAUUGUACUACAUGCUGCAAAUCCCAUCUUGUGACUUUAAGAGAUGGAAAAUGUCACGUCACAAUACUAAACAAUCAGAAGAUCAGACUAUGGAUGCCGCAGAUAGUGCCUCACAAAAGCAAAUGAUGAACUGCUUUCUUGAAGAUGCAAGCCAAAAAGACCAACACAGUGCAGUCACCAAAAAAGACUUGACUGGAGUAUAUUCAGAGCUCAACAAUAUGAAAGUAUAUAUGGCCAAAGGACACGAACCAUCUUUAGCACAAAGCCAAUUACUUGGCAAGGAUCAUGAGCUCGACAGCAAUGCACUGCAGUUAAAGAAAUUGCAUGAUUCAAUCUCUCCUCUUGCUGCAUCUUUCACCAGACUGGCUGACUGUGUUCAUCAUUUGGAGACCAGACUCUCAUCAAUUGAAAAGAAGUUGGACGAUACAAUUGUCUGAUCCUGUCAUCUUUAUAGUCAAAGUACCAGAAACAAUUUAGAUAGAAACAGUUUAGAUGUAAACAGUUUUUGACAAAGUAUUUGAAAUUGAAAAAUACCAGUAAUAAUCAUAAGUGACUGUGACAAAUCUUUCCACAAAAUUUGUUAAUGUGUAGCUGAGACAUGGCAAUAAUAAUGACAAUAUAUAUCUAGUGUAUAUAAAACUGAAAAUGUAUGUGAUGCACGGUCACAGUUUAAGUCCAAUCGUUACCAAACAUUGGUACACACACCAGGCACAUUAAUUAAGAGAAAGGUUUCGCAAACAAAUUGGAUGGGGAUCUCUUCAAGGGGUUGACUCUUUUCUUCAGAAAGGCUUGCAGUCUGUAAAUUGUCAGGAAUAAACGACUAUCCGUUGAUUAUUGAUUAUUUUUGCAUAGUGUAGCGACUAAAGAUUUCAAAUCUUCUGGUCACUUUCAU